AACCUGUGUUCUUUGGUCAAAAGGGUGGACAAAUCAGUGGAAGAAAAUGAGAGAAAGGUGGUGAGUGUCGGUUCUAUUGUAGUGUAGUAAGUGGGCGUUUUUUUCCACUUAAUAGUAGCCGCAUUAAUUUCCUCCUUAUCCCGGAAAUUUUAGUUGUAUCAAGCACAAACCGUAACGCCGAAAUAUGGCGUGGAGAUUUAAGGCUUCCAAGUACAAGAACGCCACACCAAUUGUGCCAAAACCGGAAACUUACGUUCGUGAUAUUAGCGUGGGGUCAUAUCAAACCUAUGGGAAUAACAUUAAAGCCUCGGCCAAAUUUAUGGCCUUCAACUGGGACCACGUAGGCUCGAGCUUGGCCGUUUUGCCUUUGGACGACUGCGGCCGAAAAGGCAAACUAAUGCCUUUGCUACACGCACAUUCCGAUACCGUGACUGAUAUGGAUUUUUCCCCGUUUGACGAUGGAAUGCUAGCCACUGGAUCUCAAGACUGCUUAGUUAAGAUUUGGCACAUUCCCUCUGAAGGUUUAACAGAGUCUGUUAGCAAUGCACAGUGUAUUUUUUCUCACAAGCAACGCCGUGUUGAGACUGUCGGCUUCCAUCCUACCGCCGAUUUUCUAUUACAUUCCUCAUCUUUUACCACUUUGACUUUGUGGGACUUGAUAUCGGAAACAGAGUCGUUUUCGAACUCCGAUCACGACGAAGUGAUCCAGUCGGUUAGCUGGAAACAGGAUGGCACCCUGCUAGGAACAUCCUGCAAGGACAAACAGGUUAGGAUCUUCGAUCCUAGAGCGAACGUUCCUUGUGUUAAACAAGCCGACGGCCACCAGAGUAUAAAAGAUUCCCGCUUAGUGUGGUUAGGAAACCAAGAUCGAAUACUGACCUCAGGUUUCAAUGCACAAAGACUGAGACAAAUACUGAUCAGGGACUUAAGAAACUUUAAGGAGCCUGAAAAAGUGCUGGAACUGGAUUGUUCAACGGGGAUACUGAUGCCUCUGUAUGAUGCCGACACCGGAAUGUUGUUUUUGGCCGGCAAGGGAGAUAAUACCAUAGGUUACAUGGAAGUGACCGAUAAGGAGCCCUUCCUUGUGGAAGGUAUACGUCAUUCCGGCGAACAGACCAAAGGGGCAUGUCUCGUGCCCAAGAGGGCUCUAAACGUGAUGCAGGGCGAAGUGAACCGGAUCCUGCAGCUGACCAGUUCGUCCGUCAUACCCGUCACUUACCAGGUGCCAAGGAAAACAUAUCGGGAUUUUCAUGUGGAUUUGUUUCCCGAAACGCCCGGUUUUCGGACGGAAUUAAUAGCGUCCGAGUGGUUGGCCGGUGUCAACAUGCCUCUUCCGAAAAUCAGCUUAGAUCCGGCCAAAAGGAUUAAGGGCGGGGAACCGCUGACGGUUCAUCGCGGUCCUUUGGCAGAGUUAAAAGAACUCUACAAAAAUAGAGCCAACAAAGAGCCGGCUGUUGAGAAGGUAAAUCCGUCUGCGGUUCAAGAGGAAAGGCAUCCCAUCAGGAAUAUUGUCAAGACUUUGGAAAAGGACAGCGAACCGAAAAACAGUAUCAUCAGGAAGGAAGAAAUCGCGAACGUUGACGUCGCUAGACCAAUCGUAGAAGAGAAUCACAAGGCUGUCCCGCCGAAACCACUGCCUCGCGCUUCAAGAACAGGAUCCAUUACGGAGCCGCUAGAGGAGCCUCCCAAACCGGUGGCUAGGCCCAGGGGCAACAGUUGCACUCCCGUGGUCACUUCCGUGAACCCAAACGCGGUGACCGGCGGAUACAAGCCGAGACUCGGUCCCAAACCGUUCACACCUCCGAAACUGAACGACACGGAGAACAGUUUUAGUAAAAUAUUUUCGGUACCUGGGGUACCAAGUGGGCCUAUCGUUCCACCCAAUGGUGUCAUCGAGACUAAGGAGGAGGAAGAAGAAAUUCCGAUUUUUAAAAAAGUUGAUUCUUCUGACGGCGCCGACGCUUGCAAAAUCGACAAAGACAACAGUUUGUCGACUUUUGCAUCUGCAGAGGAUGAAAUCAAUGUGGAUUCCGGUUACGUCCCGAAAACGCCUAGUACGGCGGAAAGGAGGAAAUUGUUCGAGGUCAGGUCGUCUUCGAAAGAAAACGACGAGGAUAGCGACUCGUUCGACAGAGGUUCGACUCAGCGUAGCAGCAUCGCGGAGCGUCGAAAAUUGUACGAGCACUCGCCGCAGCCGCAACAGGAGCCGAUAACGGAAAAGGGUACGUCGCCGGUGAUGUUGAGGACGAAGGAGACCUUAAAAAAUCAGAAAAACAUCGAGGAAGCGUCCAAAGAGGGCGGCAAGAGGAAGAGCGCUUCUUUCACCAAGCAACAGUCGCUGGAUCAGGGCGUCAAGAGGCAGGAACCCGCGCCGACAACCAAAAGGACUUCCACGGUAUUCGGACGUGUGUCGAAGUUUAGGCACUUGAAGGGAACCGCCGCCCAUAAGUCGUUCCAUAUAGAAAAUAUUCGUAACCUGAGUCGCCAGAUACCCGGCGAAUGUGACGGUUUUCACGCCAAUCCGGAGAGGGUGGCCGUGCCUCUGAGCGGGGCGGGCGGUAAAAUAGCCAUAUUCGAGCUGAGCAAGACCGGUAAAAUUCCGGACGGCGUGAUACCGGCAUUGGUACACGGCAAUAACGUAAUGGACUUUUGUUGGGACCCGUUCGACGGACGUCGUUUGGCAGUGGCGUGCGACGACGGCGUCAUCAAACUGUGGACAGUUCCGGAAAACGGUCUCACCGUACCCACGAAUCAGCCCGACACGGAAUUUGUCGCCCACUCUGACAAAAUCUACUUCAUCAAGUUCCAUCCCACCGCCUCUAAUGUUCUGGCAUCAGGCUCGUACGAUUUGACGAUAAAAAUAUGGGAUCUCGCCAAUCGGACCAAUAAAAUCACGCUGACGGGUCACGCGGAGCACAUUUUCUGUUUCUGUUGGUCGAGUGGCGGCGAUCGCUGCGCCACGGUCUCGAAAGACGGCAAGGUGCGGAUUUUCGAUCCCAGACGGGGCGGGGCCGCCAUAAGGGAAGGCAAAGGACCGGAGGGUAGUAGGGGAGCGAGGGCGGUAUGGGCUUUGGACGAUCGUUUCCUAGUCGUCACCGGUUUCGACAAGGUUUCCGAGCGACAGAUCACGGUCUAUAAGGUCAGCGACUUAAGUCCGGUCAACACGAUAGGAUUGGACGUGUCGCCGGCCAUCUUGAUUCCGUUCUACGACGAAGACAGUUCGACGUUGUUCGUCACCGGGAGGGGCGAUAUGACGAUCUACACGUUCGAAAUAACCGACGAGGCGCCCUUCGUAUGUCCACUGAGUCACCACAAGUGCAAUUCGCUACACCAGGGCUUGUCCUUUUUGUCAAAGAACGUAUGCGACGUCGCCAACGUCGAAUUCGCCAAAGCUUUAAGGCUGACGAAUAAUUCGAUCGAGCCGCUCUCCUUCACGGUUCCCCGUAUCAGGACGGAACUGUUCCAGGACGACCUUUUCCCCCCUACUCGAGUCGCCUGGGAACCCCUCUACACCGGCGACGAGUGGUUCGACGGUACCGAAAAGCCCGCGCGGAGAAUAAGUUUAAAACCGGACGACAUGGAUUGCAUGUCAGAAUCCCAAAAUCACACUAAACAAGAGAGAACAAUCAAUAAAUCGCAAUCGACACCAUUCAUCUCUUCCGCUCAGCCCCACAACAGAUUAGGGUGGAACGCGGAGCUCAGCAGUCAAGUGAAAAAUAAGCAGGAAGAGAUUCAGAAAUCGGUAAGCGACAGGUUAGAGAUCAAUUUGAAGCUCGAGCAAGACGACAUGGAAGGAGUGGACGAAAAAGAAUGGCUAGAUUGAGACUUUUUUUUAGCAAUUUUUUAAACGGAUUUUUAUACACACGUUCGUGGAAGUCGGCAGGUAUCGCAGGCAUUUUUUUUUAGUGCAAUUAAACUAAGAAUGAAAACUACCGUGUAUUCGCCAAAGCGAGGCAAUAAUAUUUAGCUUUUAUUAAUGGACUUAAACAUAAUAUUCCAUUGUGCGACAAAUAAGGCCCGGUUAAGGAGAGAUUAAUUUUUAUUUCUCGGAAACUAAACUGACUGAAUGUCUGAUGAAAUGUAUGUCAUCUAACCAUAUUUCGAUGUCUUAACGGGUCUGAGGCAGUAUUGCGCAUUUUCUCAUAUCUUUGAGCAUUUUUUUUUUGCUGUGGACUAAUGGAUUGUCGAUCCUAAUGAGAUUCAAAAGAUUAGUUUGCUGACACUUGUCUAACGGUCUGAGUUUUUAGUUGUAUUGCUGGGAAGGGAUAGCGGUGCUUCUACAAUGCCGUAGGCCAAAUGUGAAGCCUCUCUGUCAAAGACCAAAAAGAUGGGUCUAGCUACGUUAAAUUUUGAUAAAUGGCGAAUGAAGUGUGAUUAAAAGUUAAUAUUAAAGUUAAUCUUUUGCUGUGUAAACACGGGAAUCAUUAUCUCGUCUUCAGUUUACAAUAUUAUUAUGAAACAGAGUAGGAAAAAGUAAUUACUGAUCCCGCCCUAAUCGUUUAUAUCGCGAAGAACGUUCUGUUUAGCUUACUGCAAAAGCUAUCUAUGUCCUGGUCCAGAAGGAGCUUUUAGAAGAUGCUUUCUUAAAAUCUAAAACCGACACCUCGAUUUUUUUUUUAAUAUUCGAAUUUUUACUUUUAAAAUUCGUUUUUAAUCUCUCUGCUAGUUUAUAAACAACUCUGUUUUUUUUUUAAUUUCUGGAGCGUUUUCAUAGUUUCCUAAUUUAUUACACACCUGAUUUAUCACAUCUCAGGAGGACUUUCGGUCGUAAAACGAAUAAUACCGAUUUUUUUGGACCUUUACACACUGUAUAUAAACAAUGUUUCGCCAAUCAUUCUUCAGGACUUAAACUGAAACUUGCUCGCAUGUUACUCUGUGCCUGCUUAUAUAUUGUUUGAGGGGGGCGGAGCUAAAUGACAUCUGGGUUGCGGUUGACACUACUUACUUCUUUGCUCCGUCCCCUCGAACAGUAUAUAAGCAGCUCGAGACUUAUUUAUUAUUCAUUUUGGUUAUGCGGCAAAUAUUUACUUACCUGUACUACAAGAAAAAACAAAAUUUAGUAAACAAACGCCAAUAGGCAGUCUAGAAAUAUGGUAAUUCCCGAAAGUUGGGAAUUUUUACACCGAACGCCACCUGCAGGCGCGUAUAGCAAGUAGAAGCAACUAAAUUAUGAUCACUGCAGGUUAUUAUUGUUCAAUAUUAUCGUGGGAUCGAAUUCUGGGCCUUAUUUGCCUCACCUACCCAUUUCCUGGAUUUCCCGUUUGAAUCAAAUAUAUUUUUUUUAUAGUCCAUAGUCGUACAUGUGCUUGGGAAUAAUGGUGGGUAACCUUAUGAGUUGGACCAUUUUAUGUAGAAUAUAUUAGGUGGUAGUAUAGUCACAUGUGCUUUUCAAUAAUCGUAGUGAUCGUUCGGUUUGUGUUUUUAUUUAAUGUUAUUUGACUUCUAGUCAUUGGAACGUGCUUUAAGUAAACGUAGUUAUAAGGAAAACUCGGAGUAUGAGCUCACUGCCAUUUCGUUUUCCGUCGGGAUGAAAAAUAAUUCCGAUAACACGUAAGAGAUGCCAUAAUUGUCGGGACUUGUUCGCAUUUGCUCAUCCCCCUUUGAUUUUAUGCUCAAAUACUCACUUUUGUAUGUUUUAAUUUGUUUUCUACGGCCGUGUAUGAUAUUUUUAUAUUUUCGUAUUCCCUUUAUAUUAAAAUUUCAUAUAUAGUAUCUAAAUAAAAAAUAGAUUGAAGUUUU